UUAUCAUCUAACAAUAUGAAAAUCCAUAUACUAGCAAGGGCAUACGCGCUAACCAUAGAAGUCGGUACCCAAGAAACCAUUCUUGAAAUCAAGCGAAAGAUUGAGCAUUGUCUCGGUGUCCCUAUAUCAUCACAAACACUUAGCGUAUGUGAUUGGGAACUACUCGAUGGGCUUGACCUUGACGAUUAUCCGAUUGUCACUGAAGGUACAAAAGUUGAUCUCACCAUUAAUCACAUCCCAUCUUUAGAAACUCGCAAACAAAUCCAAAUUACUGUUAAAUUCUCGUCUCGAAAGCAUAACAUAGAAGUAGACCAAAUUGAAACCGUAGGGAGUCUUAAAGAAAAGAUCCAUAUUAUUGAUGGGACACCCAUCAAGCAAAUGCUGCUUUUCUUUACAGGAGUAGAGAUGGAUGAUGAUUUUCGCAAAUUGAGCGAUUAUGGUGUUGGUGACUUCUCGGAAAUCAUUGUUUUUUUAAAGACCAUGAGUCGGUUAGUGGCUGAGCCUCCAUCGCGUAAGCUUGGUUUUGUGGUGCAAACGUCGUCAGCUUUGCUUGGCUCGACUUGUCUCCCUGUCGAGAUGAAGGAUUCGAGCACUGUGACCGAGUUAAGGGAACUACUUUUGGGUAGGAAAUUGUUGCCACAUGAUGACUAUAUAUUCAUUCACAAGCAAAGGAUCAUGCGAGAGAAUUGUAGCCUCCGUUGGCAUGGUGUGGAAAAUGGUGACUCUCUCUAUAUAUUCAAAGGGACGGUUAGUCGUGGUAGCUAGACUAUUGACUACCACAUGAUAUGUGUGUAUAUAUAUAUAUACUAUGUUAUUGACCCGUGUAUUACAUGGGUU